CUAUUCCUUGGCAAGAUGGCAGAGGAGAGUGUGUUGUUGUGAUUUCUACAUUUAAACUAUCUUGACCUUUCUGUCAAGUUUUUGUAUUUUUAUACUAUCGCUGGAUUUUUUUGUUUGUACGCGUGUGUUUUUUUAAACAAAACUCGACGCAAAGAGUAAAACAGUGAGUGGACGGCAUGCCGCAAAGCAAGAUCUGUUUUUGCAGCGUCACGGACACCCAGGGAUUGUCAACAGGGCUCGAGGAAGGUUUCGUUAUCCAGCCGAAUGAACAGAACAACGGCAAAGCAUCUCAUCGAGCGCUACUUUCGGCAGUUAACCGAAGGCUGUGGAAAUGGCAACUGCAAAAACGAGCUCUGCGCCUCGUGUCGGGAUUUCCAGCCGCUGGAUAAAAACUCGGCGGCGGUCCGAGCUCUGGAGCUAUGCAAGAUCAAUGCCAAACUCUGUCAGCCUAAGGUUCCUCCGACAGAAUCUGACCCGCAACCAGCUGAUCUCACCAAGGAGGACUUUUCAGAUAUUCAUUACCUCACAGAGAAUACAGUUUUUAUGAUUCUGAGCGUCUGUGAAGAAGACGGCGAUUACUCCUCUUUGAUUCGCGUCAUCGGCAGGGUGUUCUCCAAUGCCGGUGCUUUGGUAAAAAGUUUCCGUAAGGAUGAACCUAUCAGUGCAGAAGCUCUUCCAAGUGACGAGGUCCAACGGGAUUCAGGUCAGAUCGGCGUCUCUUUUUCUUCUAUUGAUGCCUAUGAGGUGACAGUGGACAUUGACUCUGUACGGAGGGUCUACGAUAGACUUCAGACCAUCGAGCAGGUGGAGGCGGCGCUCGUCAACGCUCUCGUCUACCUCACUCCUAACGUGGAGCUUGACCUGGAGUACCUCGAUGCCUACGAGACAAACCCAGACUACCUGAACAUCUUCGUCAUCCUGAUGGAGAACAGCAACCUCCACAGCCCAGAGUACCUGGAGGUGGCGUUGCCGCAGCUCUGCAAGGCCAUGAGCAAGCUGCCGGUUUCUGCGCUGGCUAGGUUGUCCAAGCUGUGGUCAAAGUACGACCUCCCUCACCUCCGACGCAUGAUGGAGACCUUCCAGCAGCUCAUCACAUUUACCGUCAUCAGCCAGGAGUAUGAUGCGGAGAACCUGGUCAAUGAAGAUGAAACGGUGGUGGCGGCUUGCAAGUGUUUGAAAGUGGUCUUCUACGCCAGUCUCGUGGGCGGAGACGUGGACGUGGAGCACAACGAAGAUGACGACAGCGAGGAGCCCGAUUCGGACGAGCUCACGCUGCAUGAGCUUCUGGGCGAGGAGCGUCUCUAUAAGAAGGGUCCUCAGGUGGACCCUCUGGAGAAAGAGCUGGGUGUCCGACCCGUAGAUAGCAGGAAGCCCCUUAUCCCCUUUGAGGACUUCAUCAACGAGUCCCUCAACGACGUGGUUGAAAUGGACAAGGAUUUCACCUUCUUCAAGGUGGAUGCGGAAACUAAGUUUUCCUUCCAGACCUGCCCCUUCGUCCUCAAUGUGGUCACCAAGAACCAAGGUCUGUACUACGACAACAGGAUCAGGAUGUACAGCGAGCGCCGCCUCACGGCCCUCUACAGCAUGGUGCAGGGCCAGCAGCCCAACCCCUACCUCAAACUCAAAGUGCGCCGAGAUCACAUCAUCGACGACGCCCUCGUCAGAUUGGAGAUGAUCUCCAUGGAGAACCCAUCCGACCUGAAGAAACAGCUCUUUGUGGAGUUCGAGGGGGAGCAAGGGGUUGACGAAGGAGGUGUUUCAAAGGAGUUCUUCCAGUUGGUCUUGGAGGAAAUCUUCAAUCCGGACAUUGGAAUGUUCACCUACGACGACGACACCAAGCUCUUCUGGUUCAAUUCGUCCUCCCUGGAGAACGAGGCCCAGUACACGCUGGUCGGCAUCGUACUGGGCCUGGCCAUUUACAACAAUUGCAUCCUGGAUGUGCACUUCCCAAUGGUGGUCUACAGGAAGCUCAUGGGCAAGAGGGGCACCUAUUUGGAUCUCCCGGAUUCACACCCGGUUCUCUACCAGAGUCUGAAGGAGCUUCUGGACUAUGGUGGCAAUGUGGAGGAGGACAUGGCGCUCACCUUCCAGAUAUCCCACACAGACCUUUUUGGAAGCCCGGUCUUGUAUGACCUGAAGGAGGAAGGAGAGGACAUUCCAGUUUCUAAGGAGAACAGACAAGAGUUUGUGGAGCUGUAUGCCGACUACAUCCUGAACAAGAGCGUGGAGGUGCAGUUCCGAGCUUUCAAGAAGGGCUUCCUCAUGGUCACCAGCGAGUCCCCCAUGAAAUACUUGUUCAGACCCGAGGAAGUAGAGCUGCUUAUCUGUGGAAGCAGGAAACUUGACUUUGAGGCCCUGGAGAAGACCACAGAAUAUGAUGGAGGUUAUAGCAAAGAUACUCAAGUUAUCAAGGACUUUUGGGAAACCAUCCACUCGUUCGGAAAGGAGCAGAAGAAACUGUUUCUUCAGUUUACCACGGGCACGGACAGAGCGCCGGUGGGCGGGCUUGGAAAACUAAAAAUGAUCAUCGCCAAAAACGGCCCAGACACUGACAGGUUACCAACCUCUCACACUUGUUUCAAUGCACUGCUGCUUCCGGAAUAUUCUUCCAAGGAAAAGCUGCGAGAAAGACUCCUCAAGGCCAUCACGUAUGCCAAAGGGUUUGGAAUGCUGUGAUGAAUCCUCUGUGAACAUUUUGCUUUUGAAGGGAAAAGUGAAGUCUCUGAAGGACAACCCUACUCUCUUACAAGUUUUUAGCUUUAUAAAUUUGUAUUUCUUUCAUUUCCUGAGCUCUACGGGACAUUUUGAGGCAGUCACUUUUGGGCUUGUUGCCUCGGAUGGUGGCUGCUGUGUGUGGAUGUUCAUUUUUAAACACAAUUGUAGCUCUCUUUAUGAGCAUAUGACAGCUGCAGAACCAAUGUUGUACUAGCGGCAAGGACCGUGCUGGGUCAGCAAUUAUAGCGGCGAUGAGCUAGUCAAGUGUCAAGUAUGGCAACAUUUGAAAGCGCAUGCAGAGCUAGAUAGAGCUGCUGGAUGACGACGACUCAUGAUGCUUUAAAGAAGGGGUGUCCAAUGUCUUUCCUGUCAAAUGAAAGGAUGCAACUUUGCCAUUUUGAUAUUUUGAAAAGCAACACAUGUAGAUAUGCUAAGAAGUUAUAAUUAUUUUAUGAAAAUACUGCAUAUCUUCUUCUCUUAAUAUUAUGAAUUUAUUCCUACAAUAUGAUUACUUUUAUCCAAGCUCAUUUGCUAAAAAUCGCAAUUUUCUCAUAUCAGGAUUAAUUUUAUUUUUUAAUAUUUCAAUUCUGUGCUACUAAAAUGACAUAAUUUAACCACAUAAUAUUACAAUUUUCUUCUUAUUAAAUUACAACUUGUUUUUUUUCUUAAUAUAAAAUAUUUCCAAUUAUACUCUUUUUUUCCAACUACUUCAGCUUUCUUCUUGUAAAUGUUCUCCUCAUACUAGUAUGACAUUAUUUCUAUAAUAUUUUGACUUUAUUCCCGUAAUAUAACUUUCCCCCCAAUCACAUUCAUUUUGUUAACUUAAAAAAAACAAAUGUCUAUUUCAACUUCAUGCUGCUAAAUUGACAUUAUUUUUCACAAUUUUAAAAUCGAGACUUUUUUCUUGUUACAGUACAAUUUUUAAUAUUUAUAUAAUAUUAAUAUAUAAUAAAUCUUAAUAUUUUGACUUUCUUCUCCUAAAAUGACAGCAUUUUUUCCCAUUCCUGCUGUUGUUUUUCCCAACUAUUUAAACUUUCAAGUAAAUUUUCUACUCUUAUAUUAUGAUUUUAUGGAAUAUAUUUUUCCUAACCUAUUUUUUAUUACAACUUUAUUUAGUUUUUGUUUACAGCAAAAAAAGUAUUUUUAACAUAAUAUUUUUAAACUUUCUCUCAUAAUAUCAUAUCAAUCAUAAUUUUAUGAGAAUGAUGCUCUACAUCAUUCUCAUAAAAUUAUGAUUUUUCUCUUGUCACAUUACUGCUGAUUUUUAAAUUUUUUGCUGUUGUUGUUACUGUUUAUUAAUAUUUUUAAAAUGUACUGCAGGCCGCUAAAAUAACAGCUGUGAGCCCCAAACGGCCCGCUGGGCCACACUUUGGACACCUCUGCUUUAAACGUAGCUACAGCGUGCUUGUGGAAUCCAUUAAAAAUAAAAACUACACCAGGAGGUUGCCUACAGCCACAGCUAUUGAUAGCAGUGUGUUUUUAUAGGCUCGGUGAUUAUUUGUAUUAUGGGUUGUUGUUGUUUGUUUUUUACAGCAGUUUUUGAGAAGCUGCCACUUGUGGUCAGCUAUGAUUGAAGACUUACUUGUGAGGGUUUCUUCCCUUUGGGAAAAUCCAAACAGGAAGCAACAACAAAAACUGCUGCAAACUUGUACUAUUCGAUACUACUUUUUGUUUUGAAGUGAUCUGUUUUCCAAAGCUGUGAAAGUGCACUUACAUGCAAGAUGAAGUCAUUUGCACAUACUAUUACUACUACUAUUACUACUAAUAAUGUUUUUGAAGUGAAGCUGCAUGCAAGCUGUAUACUUACUGUGUGACAUAGAGUAUAUCUUCAUGCCGUCUUUUGCUUUCUUUCAUCCUGGAUGGUACUUGAUGGUGCGUGAUGGUGAAGCCUCCUCCUCUUCCUCAGACCUUCAUACCCUUCUGCCUGUUUGUUUGCCAUCGAGUGUUAAUGAACGCACGCGGUAGAGCCUAUUGCCAGAAAAUACAAAAAAUGUGUUUUAUUUGUCCAAAUGUCUCAGGUCAAUAAUAAAUGUCCAAGUACAGUAUUAUAUUGGAGAGAAUGAAAAAGUAAUUAAAAAAUGAACAAUAAACUUUUGUCUUUCA